AUGGAGGAUGGACAAAAUUUUAAAAUGAUUUACGAAAACCGGAAAUGUGGUGUGAUCAGCGAAAUUAACAAAGGACGGAAAAUACAGCAACUCGAAAACAGGAAAAAGUUAAUUCCGAUCAUCCGAGCAGUUUUGCUGUGUGGUAGGCAGGGAUUAGCAAUAAGGGGUCAUCGAGAUCAAGGACCUUUAUCAUUAAAAAUGCCACAAGAAAACGACGGAAAUUUCAGAGCGUUACUUCGUUAUUCCCUAAAUAGCGGUGAUCAGGUUUUGGCCAAUCAUUUGAAUACUGCGGGUGCAAAUUCAAUUUAUCGCAUUCAAAAUGAAAUAAUUGAUGCAGCAGGGAAACAAAUAACGACAAAUAUUGUGCAACGUGUAAACAAAUCUGGAUAUUUUUCUGUCAUUGCUGACGAAAGUACAGAUGUGAGUGGCAUUGAACAGUUUUCAAUAUGCGCUCGAUUUGUUGAUAAAAUUGACGAUGAUUAUAUUAUUCGAGAAGACUUUUUGUGUUUUAUUCCUGUUGAGGACGUUACCGGAAAGGGGCUUGCGAAUACGCUGUUGACCAAGAUGAAGUACAUUGGCAUAAACCUGGUUAAUAUGAGAGGACAAGGCUAUGAUGGAGCGCGAGCAAUGAGCGGAAAAUUCAACGGAUGUGCUGCCAAAGUUCGAGAAUUAUAUCCGGAAGCUAUUUACGUCCACUGCGCUAAUCAUAAUUUGAAUUUAGCCAUUACACACGCGUGUAAAAUACCAGCCAUCCGAAAUUGCAUUGGUACAAUUAAAGAGGUUGUAAAUUUAUUUCGCCUAUCUAAUAAGGCAGGUCUAGUUUUGAAAAACAAAAUUCAACAGUCUUGCCCAAGUGCAAAACAAACGCGUCUUCUUAAAUUAUGCGAAACGCGAUAG